AUGAUUGAAGCACUUGUUAAUGAUCCCAGCACCUCUAAUCAGAGUUAUUCUAAGAAACUUUCGUUUGCUGAUACAGUUAAGAAGAGGGUAACCCUAAAUCCAACAUCUGUUGAUAUUUCAAAGCUACCUAACCCUACUUUGGUUGAUGGAGAACCUUCUCUUGAGAUUCCUAAUGAUUUCUUCCAAGAGGGUUGUAAACCUUUUCCAAACAGUUUUAUUGCUAGGUUAGAUGCUACGGGUUUAAAGUUCAAUGAUGUUAAGAAAAACCUAAAAGAUCAAUGGAAGCUUGGCGUGAAUAGGUGUAAGUUUGUGCCAAUGAGUAAAGGUUUUUUUGUUAUUAUGUUAUCCAGUUCAGAUGAUAAGGAGAAGAUUCGUGCUUCAAACUGGUUUGUCAAUCAUCAUGCGUUGAAGUUAAUAGAUUGGUACUCAGGGUUCAAUUCAGAAAAGCCAAAGACUUCUCAUGUAGCUGUGUGGGUACGUUUUCCAGGGCUUCCAAUGGAGUUAUGGACAGAAAACUCGCUUCUUUCAAUGGGAAAUACUUUUGGAACACCAAUUGUGGUGGAUCAAAAGAACCCUAAAUCUAGAUUAUGGACACUUUGCUUCUGUGGUAGAAAUUUUUGGCAAUAUCAGGAUAUUCCUAAUACUCCUAAGUUCUGUUUUGCUUGUAAUAUCAUAGGGCAUAUUGAUGAUGAGUGUAAAAAGAAGAAUAAUGCAUCUUCUAGUAGAGAGAAAGCUAAACAGUUUGAAGGUGUUCCAUUGGCUAAUAAGAAGAAAGGGAAUAACCAACAAUGGCAGGUUAAACAAAAGAAAGAUGAUGAUGCAAUUGCAUCCAAAGAAGAUAUUGUUGCACGUAAUAAUUCUGUCAAUGCAGGCCAUGCAGUUACGACAGUUCAGUCUGGUAAUCAGUCUGUGGGUGUUUUGGCAAAAGAUAAAAACGCUCCUCCUGAAGUUGGUACAAAUAAUGAGCAGCAUCAAACUAGUGUUGAUGAAGAUAACCGGUUGGAAACGGAGCUUGCUAAAUCUGCUGCAGAGUUUCGUGAAGCUCAGAUGAAGUUUAUUCAGUGCAAGAAUGCUAUUGCAGCUAAGGAGGCUUUAGCUGUUCGUAAGAAUCAGGAACCAAAAUAUGCUCAUGCAGACCAUGCAGUUAUUACGCAG